AUGUUUGCCCUUCAGGUAUGUUGGUUUAUGAAUAUUGUAGUAGACGUAUCAUUUUAUGUUUUUUUUAUCUUUGGAGAGUAUUAUUGUAUUUUUAGAAGAUAACAUCGUUCUUGUCAUUCCGAAAGCGAAAAGAGCAUGCUCUUGUUGCUGUAGAGUCUAAGAAGAAACGAACACAACAGUUAGGUAUCUUAUUUAUUUUAAAAUAUUUCUAUUGAACAUAUAUUUUUGGAUUCAAGUUGUAAAUAAAGCUUUAUAACAUAUGUUUGGUUAUAAUAUUGUUUUCAGGAGAAUCAGAAUCUAAGAAGAGCAUCUUACACUUGCCUCGCGAGAGUUUGUGGCAGAUAUUAGAGUAUUUGGAUGUUUCUGAUCUGAUCCGUCUUCAACAAACUUCAAAGAAGGCCAAAUAUGAAGUGGAAAGGUUUCUGAAGAAGCAAUCCCAUAUCUCGAGGAUCUCCAGAUGGUUUUCUGUCAUCAGGACUGAGAACGAAAAUGUCAAAAUGUGCGAAUUUAUCAGUAAGUUUUGCUUUCUUAGCUUAAAGGACACUUUUAUAGUCAAAAAGUUCGUAGAAUUUAAGAACUAAAUGAUUUUAGGUAACAUUUUUGGGAUUAUUAUUUUAGGAAAUAUCUUUUAUAGUUCAUAUAAAUCUCGUGGUUAAUAUAUGUUGUGUAUGUCAUUUCAGUGAAAGUUCUCUUCGCAGAUGAAUUCAAUAUCUUCCAUUAUCAAACAGCGCUGAACUGGAUGGUAUCAGCUUUUCCCUACAGAGACAAUAUACCUCUUCCGAUGAUGUUACAGACGGUAAUUUUUUAAAGAUUAACAUUUAAAGUAUUAUGAAUAAUGUUUUUAUUCUUAUCUUACAAUUUCAUAUAUAAAGUUUUUUAAAAUUCAUUUUAGUUUAUCUAUGGAGUGUCUCCGGAUUCCCGAAUUCGUCUUGUCAGAGGUGUGAUAGAAGCCUUUUUCAAAGCAGAUGUCAAUAGUUAUAUCCAAAUCCGCCUAAAGUCCAAUACCUAUACCCCAUUGGAAACAGAAUUGUAUAUGAGGUUCCGCGAGACUGUCUUCAAUGUUCAGAUGGAGAACGCUACAAAAGCACUGGUAUUCUCAACAUUUCUACGAUACUUUGCGUCGCUUCACUCCACGAGAAUUGAAUAUAUCAUAGUCAUGUUACUGUUCGGGCCGAGGAAGAUUGUCAAUGGCAAAAGUAGGUUGUGUAACACUGCUAGAGAGUUUAUUGUUGUGUCUUUGAUCAACUUAAGGUUAAUUUCAUAGGGACUCACUGUUUACUGUUCUUAAUGUUUGGGAUUAUAAAGAAUGCUCUUGCUAGUAAACUUUUUGUUGCAGUAGCCGUUAAUUAUGAGGAAAUAGAAGAAGGUCAUCUGGCUCCAGCUGAACUUCAUGGGAUCUCUGAAUUCUUCCGUCUUUUACCAUCUUUGGAGAACAAUGAUGUACCCAAGUCCAUCAGAUGGUCCAAAAGAUUAUGCUUUGCCCUUUUAGAAGAUUUGACAAGUAAGUUAGUCGUAAUACUAUUAAGAUUAUUGUAUUUUUUAUAAAAAAGUGAUUCUUAACGGAAAACCAGAACAAGUGAAAAUUGUUUUAGCUAGUCCAAUGUGGUCGAUGCAGAACUUUGUAACUCUUCUUAUCUUGCAACCUUACUUGGCUUUGAUAACUAUAACUGUCCGAGUGGAUUCGGGCAUGCUUGCAGAAGCGGCAUCAGUGUUCUUCUACAUUUUACGGGUAAGAAAAUCAGUUUUAAUGUUAAGCGAUAUGUGAAAGUAAUUUUGGAUAUAGAAUUUUUCUUCCUCAACUGGAUCUACACAUGCCUUAAAAAACAAUUUUAGUUCUGUAAACUGAACAUUACAAUUUUAGUGGCUCUUCCCUUCCAACAACAAAGUCCGCUUCUCCGAGUACAUUCUGAAUCACAUAUCAGCUGACGAUGCUCGCGAGUUCUUCAUCCACUUCCGCCAACAGUCGCACGACUAUCUGCGAGAACACGAUCGCCCACGUCACGAUGAGCAGAUCGAAACCAUCAGAGAAGCCGUCUGUCGUGCUUACCAAACAGUUUACGGUUUUGAUCCGGACAACGAACACUGA